AUGAGUGACAUUGAGGAUGGAAACUUUGAUGGACGAGUAAGUAUUAGCGUUGCUACGGAAACCUAAAUAUCUUGUAUUUCCUCUAUUUUGCUGACAUAGUGUUAGCUAGUUACUGUAGUUAUCAGUUUCUUUGUUAGUAACGCUUUGGCUAGCUAGCUAAUUAGCGAGUUGAGUUCGUAUUUAAAAAAAAGUAGCUAGAUGGCAACCUAAAAUGUUCUUCAAAGUAUUGUAAACUUGCUAUGAAAACGAGAUUAACUCAAUUAUUCUUCCAAAUUAAACGUUACCUUUCGCCAUGUGUUGCCAGCCGACCAAUACAAUAGCUAGCAAACUAACGUUAGCUAACUUGCCUAGCUAAGUAGCUAACGACGUUAUCAUACAUGACGCUACCCGUAGCAUAAACGCAACGUUACGCACAUUCUACAGAUACGCUAGCUAACGUUAGUUAUUGCUAGGUUCUAACUAGCUCCCAGGUAAGUUUGGUGGAAGCCUUUGUCACAAUAGUAAGUUGCAGUCAAGCAAUCUGAGCUUCAAGCCACUUCCUGUAGCUAAAUAAGUUAGAGGUAGCUAGUGGUGGUGAAAGUGAAACAGUUCUGUCAUCUCAUAAUGUUAAUUUAUUCAGUGUUACGCUACAACAAUGCAUUAGUGUACUCCUCUUGAAAAGUUGUCAUCAUCACUGAACCCUUCUGAGAUGCAGGGUAAUAUAUUUCUGCAAGUAAAGUACUUGUCCUGCUAUAGAUACUGUAUACAUUAGUUAUUAUUUAACGAAAGAUCUUUUAUUUUUCUAUAAAUUCAUGAUCUUUAAUUUUAUUAAAUGUUCUUUUUUCAUUAAGGUUAUUGAUCGUGAAGGAUUUGAAGAGUUUUAUCCAAGAAUGUGGAAGAAAAUGUCCAAGAAUAAACGAAGGCUUAUGAAAAACAGUUACAGAGCAGAACAUAGAUGUGGGAAGGGGAAAAUGAAUGAAACUGGAAGAUUGGUGGUCAGAUAUAGAAGCGCUUGCAGUAUGUAUGACUAAAGGUGAAAAUUGUUUCUAUUUGGGGAAGAGAACCCGGAAUCAGAAAAUGAAAACGGAAAAAAGAAGAACGACGAAGAACAGUAGAAUUCCUGAGAGAAGGAAGUAGAGUAUAUAAAGAGACUGAAAGAAUGAAUGUAUCCCUAGGUGUACGGUAUAUGUUCCAAGUGUCUGUACACUACUAUGCUCCCUUUCUAUAGUUAAAAAAUGCAUGAUGACUUUAGUUUGACCAAGGUAGAAGAAACGAGACAUGGCGUAUGUUAACAUUAUGACAGGGUUUUAGCAUAUUAUUAAUCCAGUUGAAGGAGGGUUUUUUCUUCUCUAUCACAUGUAAUAGACAUGGUGGAGCACUAACCUUUUCCUCCACAGUGUAUGUGCUCUAGUUGUGUAUGUCUGACUUUGAACAGUUGCUUGUCUGUUCCUGUGUGUGUAAGAAAAAGAGGGGGCCUCUUUAACACGCUGUUACUGUAACAUUAGGACUCUCGCUCCCCAUCCAAAUCGGACCGUGGCAGUCCCGUUCGGGUCAAGUCGGAGAGCAGGUCCGGCUCCCCGAGCCCAUCCCGGGUCGCCAAACACUCAGCGUCUCGGUCCCGCUCAAAGUCCAGGUGAGUCUGUCCUGUUAUGUCUUAUCAGAACCCCCACUUCCUAUCUCAUUGAUUCCAUUCUCUUUGUGAAGAGUAAUUUCUCAUUGUGCGUUUGCUUAACUUGACACUAAAUCCUCCAUCCCCUUCUCCAGAUCUCACUCUCGUAGGCACUCUAACCGCCGGUACAGCCGCUCUCGCUCCCCCUCCAACCGGAAGAAGUCCCGCUCCUACAGCCCAGAAUAUCGGAAGAAGACGAGCCAGAGUGCGUCGCCCAACCGCCGCCGCCCCAGCAGCAGGGUGAGUGACACAUCGUUUACAGGUCAAAGGUCAGGGUCUGACUGCUGAUUGGGUAGAGCAGUACUUCCCAACCCCCUCCUCGGUAAUCACCUGACGUUUCUGAUAUUUGUUGUGGCCCUAAACUGGCACACCUUUUUCAACUAGUCAUGGGCUUGAUGAUAAGGUAACUAGUUAAACCAGGUGUGCCAGUUUAGGGCUACAAUAGAUAUGUGAAACGUCUGAUGGCAAACCCUGUGGUAGAGGGACAGCUGGGUUGUGUAGAAAAUACAAUUGUCAGUUGUGUUUUUAAGGGCUUGCAGCUGCUUUAUGGAAUUGUGGAAUUCGAUUAGGGUGUGUGUACAUAGUUUAUCAUAGGAAUGUUGACACCAUUUUAUGUAUAGGUAGCGUGUUCAUUUACCAGUUAGUAUUCCUAUGCUGCUCCUGUAUUGUCUGCUACAGGAAACAGAAUGAUGUAACUUAUUUAAUAACCCUUUUAUUAACCCUCCAUCUCUUUAUGUCAACAGAGCCAUGACUUCAGAAAAGAGACAUUCAGUCAGGGAGCAGGAGGUGGUGGUGAGGAUGCCAGGGUAUGUAGACCUUCUUACCAUGAUACUUUCUACAUGAGUAUUUUAAUUCAGAAGUGGGCCACAACAUGGAAAGCCUGUGGUCUAGCAGUAUGGUCACAUUUAUGCCUCUCAGAUCUGGGGUUGUGUGAGCGAGCGACUGAGAUGAAGAGUCGCUCUGGAUAAGAGCGUCUGCUAAAUGACUUAAAUGUAAAAGAGUGUGAGGUCAGAGAUUGUUAGUGGCUGGUAAUCUAUGUGUUCAUGUCAGCUGCUGUGAACUCUGACCCCUUUGCCCUCCAGGUUAACCCUGACCCCAACCAGUGUCUGGGGGUGUUUGGGCUGAGCUUGUACACCACGGAGAAGGACCUGAGGGAGGUGUUUGGCCGGUACGGCCCAUUGGCCGGGGUUAAUGUGGUGUACGACCAGCGCACCGGGCGCUCCCGUGGCUUCGCCUUCGUCUACUUCGAGAGGAUCGCCGAUUCCAAGGAGGUAUGGGACAAACAGAGCAGUCUGGGCCUCUUACUCAAUUAGUUUAUUCUUUACUAUUGCUCCUUGCCUUCACAACUGUGGUGGAGAAUGUCCGAGGCCCUUACUCUCAGACUUUCUCCAAUGGGUUUUGAGAAGGAGAGAAUUCCAGGAAAGAUUAAUUGCGAAAGAGCCGUGGAUUAGGAAGCACAUGAUGGGUCCUAUUUAAAACACAUUUUGUUGUCAUAAGAAGUUAUGCUGUUGAUCAUUGGGUCAUGUUGUGAUACACCUAAGAACCGAUGGUAAAUUUUUGCUUUUGGGGCCAUCAAUGGCCUUAUUCCUCAGUCCUUGAAGAUGUAAAAGGUUAAAUAAGCCUUUUAUGCUAAUUCAUCUGGAACCAUUGAUAUUGUACGCUGACUAGUCUGUACACUAUAGUUUCGUUUUCAUAUUGUGACUCUGGUUGUGUAAAGCGUGAUUACUCAUAAGCACCACCAGGUGUCAGUCUUGCCACUCACAUCAAGUGGUACAAGCGACAAAGGAAUUCUUCACUAAUGAAGGUCAGAGUUUCUAAUCCCAGAUGCCCAACAUCGCGAGACUUCCAGGGAUGCCUGCGAAGCAGAAUCAGCAGACCGGGGUUUGAGAAGUGAAAUGAAUCCUUGUUAAUUUUUGCAAUAUAAAGGCACAACCUAGAUUUGAGCCAAUGUCAAUGCCAAGUAGCUGAACAUGUUAUCAAUCACAUUUAUUUAUAAAGCCCCUUUUACAUCAGCAGUUGUCACAAAGUGCUUUACAGAAACCCAGCCUAAAACCCCAAACAGCAAGCAAUGCAGAUGUAGAAGCACGGUGGCUAGGAAAAACUCCCUAGAAAGGCAGAAACCUAGAGAGGAACCAGGCUCUGAGGGGUGGCCAGUCCCCUCCCUUAUGGCUGUGCCGGGUGGAGAUUAUAAUAGUACAUGGCCAAUAAGGCCAUAUUUUUCUCCAAGAUGUUCAAACGUUCAUAGAUGACCAGCAGGGUCAAAUAAUAAUCACAGUGGUUGUAGAGGGUGCAACAGGUCAGUACCUCAGGAGUAAAUGUCAGUUGGCUUUUCAUAGCCAUCAGAGGUCGAGACAGCAGGUGCGGGGGAGAGCGAGAGAGUUGAAAACAGCAGGUCUGGGACAAGAUAGCACAUCCGGUGAACAGGUCAGGGUUCCAUUGCCACAGGCAGAGUGAAACUGGAGCAGCAGCACGACCAGGUGGACUUAGGACAGCCAGGAGACAUCAGGCCAGGUAGUCCUGAGGCAUGAUCCUAGGACUCAGGUCCUCCGGGAGGGGAGCGAGAAUUAGAGGGAGCAUUCUUCAAUUCACACAGGACACCAGAUAAGACAGGAGAAUUACACCAGAUAUAACAGACUGACCCUAGCCCCCCGGCACAUAGACUAUUGCAGCAUAGAUACUGGAGUAAUUACGCCGACCUCAUGAAAGUAACAAACUGACACAUUUUCAUCAAAUGACUUUCUUGGGUGCCUUUUGAUUAGACAGCCUGCACAUGCGCAGUUCAGCGUGAAACAACCGUUUGCCCCUGAUGCGUUUCUACGCAUGAGCUUAGCUAGCCACCGUCGCCUUGACAUCGCCUACACUGCUUCUAUUGGAGAAGCAGUUUCUACAUAUCUUCAUACUAAACCAUCUUUGGUUCAGCGUUGGACCAAUGGGACGGUUCAAGGUGUGCUCAGUAUGAACACACAUUAAACCUUUUUCUCUUUUACCCUUCACCCCAAUCCUUUCCCUGUACAAGUAGAACCCAGAGAUGAGAUGGAGCUCAUUUUCAGAGUGACUGAUUUUUAAACUCCUGUCUUUUUGUACCUCUUCUGUUUCCCUAGGCGAUGGAGCGUGCCAACGGUAUGGAACUGGACGGGAGACGUAUCAGAGUGGACUUCUCUAUCACCAAGAGGGCCCACACCCCUACGCCUGGCAUCUAUAUGGGCCGACCCACACAGUAA